AUGGCGAAUGACAAUGAUACCCAGCCCGGCGUAACCCGGCACUUCUGCUCAUGGGUCGAAGGCCUCACAUUAGAAGACAUCCCAGAGGACAUCAAAACCAGAGCGAAAUAUCUCAUCCUCGAUGGAGUAGGCUGCGCACUUGUCGCAUCUCACCUCCCCUGGACCGAGAAAGCGACAAGUAUCGUUCUGGGCAUGGAAGGCGAGGGCCCUUGCCCGGUCUGGGGAUAUGACAAGAAAAUAAGCCCCCUCCCCGCCGCGCUGCUAAACAGCACCGCAAUCCAAGGCUUCGAGAUCGACGACUGGCACUCCCUCGCCCCCGUGCACUCCAACGCAAUCGUCCUCCCCGCUCUCUUCGCAGCCGCCUCAAACGCACGCUCUACCGGCACCGGCCCCGUCUCUUCCGGAUCGUCCCUCCUCCUCGCAACAAUUGCCGGCUACGAAACUGGUCCCCGCGUCGGCCUCGCCCUGUACGGGAGCCACAUGCUCAGUCGCGGCUGGCAUUCGGGCGUUGUCUUCGGGCACGCGCAAGCCGCAGCGGCCGUGGCCAAACUCCUGCAUCUCCCGACAGACCAAAUCGAGGAUGCGCUGGGGAUAGCAUGCACGCAGGCGUGCGGGCUCAUGUCCGCGCAAUUCAGCAGCGACGCAAAGCGCAUGCAGCACGGCUUCGCGGCGCGGAAUGGCCUUUUUGGAGCGCUUUUAGCGGCCGGCGGGUACAGCGGUAUCAAGAAUGUCUUUGAGGAGCGGUAUGGCGGGUUCCUGGGGACGUUCAGUCAGGGGAGUGGGAAGGAGCCGCCGUAUGUCGAGGAGGAGAUUGUGAAGGGUUUAGGUGAGAUCUGGCAGACGGAGAAUAUUCGCGUCAAGCCGUAUGCGGCUAUGGCGGGGACGCAUGGGAGUAUUGAUGCGAUGGCUGCUUUGCAGAGAGAGUAUCCGGAUCAGCUGGAGAAUUUGAAAAGGAUCAAGAAGAUUACGUUUGAGAUGUCGGAGGCGGCGUUCAAGCAUGGUGGUUGGAUUGCUAAGAGGCCGCUGACUGCGACGGGGGCGCAGAUGAGUUGUGCUUAUGUUGCGGCGGUGCAGUUGCUCGAUGGGCAGGUUCUUGCUGAGCAGUUCCGGGAUAGCAAUUUGAAUCGUGAGGAGCUUUGGGAGCUGGUUGGGAAGACGGAGUGUUGGCAGACGGAGGAGUUUGAGAAUCUCAUGUCGCAGCGGGCGACGGUUGAGUUUGAGGAUGGGAGGUUGAUAUCGACGUUUGUUGGGGCGGCGAAAGGCGUUGAUCCGCCGUUGACGAAUGGGGAGAUUGUGGAUAAGUUUCGCAUGUUUACGAGGGGCUUGAUUACGCAGGAGAGGCAGAGGAAGAUCGAAGAGCUUGUGCUGGGGUUGGAGAGGCUGGAGGAUAUUGCGGAGUUGGAGGCGUUGCUGAGCGGGAUUACGAAGUCCCCAUUCGAGGGCUCAUAG